GUCACAUCGGAAUGACGAUUUAAGAGAACUAAAGAAAAACAAUGAAAAUGAAUGGUCAUGCUAUAAAUGUACAUUAAUGAAUCCGUUGCAAUUAGGAAUAUGCAGUGCUUGUGGUGCGUCUCGGCUAAGAUUUGAAAACUCCAGAAGUUCAAUAACAGCCAAAGCAAUUGUUUCCUCCUUAACAGUAGAUCCAAAGUUCGAAAGGCCACAAGAAAGGAAUGAUGACAGAAUAACAACAUCAAAUGAAAUUGUGAAGUCAACAAAAUCAGACAGUUGUACAGAUUAUCGAAUAGAAUCAAACGGGAAUUUGUCACCAUCAGUUAUAUCAUUCACUGAACUGACAACUAAUGACUGGAUGUGUAACUUGUGUACAUUUAUAAACUCAAUAAAUGACAAACAAUGUGGAGUAUGCUUAAAUGGACGACCAGCAGAAUUUAAUAAUUCCAUAGCAGCCUGGACAAUAUUCAACAAAAUAAGAAAGAAAGAAAAAAUGAUCAUUUAGAGGAAGGUAUUUCAUAUUAAAUGUUUUUUUCUUUGAUGUGUUUACAUUGAGAAGUAAAAAAGGUCUAUUUUGUAGCAGGAAAUAUUUUGAAAUAUUGCAAUCAUUUGCAAUCAACUAUAUUCGUUAACGCAGCGUGUAAUUGUACAACUUGUUUUGAUUGCUUUUGUUUAACAAUACAGCAACAACGUCAAACCAAUCAAAUACUCUCCUGCUCGAUGUGCAAAAAUCCUGUUACUAACAAUGAUUUAUCACAAUUAAAUUUAACACCGGAGGAAAUGACGGAUAUAAUUCUGUAUCAGGGAGGAAAAUUAUUUGAAGAUGAGCAUAAGCUUUACUUGAAUACACAAAAUCCAAGAAUGAAUAUUCCAUCGGUGAAUGAUCGUCCGUUUUUGAAUAGUAUAAAUGAUAAAAUCGAAAAUUUUCCAGUGACAUUGUUAACUGAACAACUGUUACCUAAAUACUGGGAUCGCUCGCAAACACAAAAUUUUUUUCGUAUUAUAUUGAACGAAAAAUCAAGAGAAUAUUUAUUCGUAUUAAGCUUGUUUAACAAAACAAUGGCUGUAAAUAAUAAUAACCAAAAUCCUUCUCUUGAUUUUCGAUCGAAUCAACCUCAAAUGAUAACAGUACCAACAGCUAUAUCCACAUUGCAGCAUGCAUUUUCUAGUAUUUCACAUAUGCUGCCUACUCCUAUCCAUCAAAACCCUCCAUUUUAUCCAACUCAACUUAAUCAACAGCCAGUAGCAGCCCAGCAAACAGUGUUACCUUCUAGUAACAUUAGUACUCAUAGUGGUGUACGUCGAGGAAAGAAUGCUAAUAAAAAAGGUACAAAUAAUCGAAUUAGUCAAGCAAAUAAUCAACAAGUAUAUGGUGGUGUUCAAAUUAUACAUAUCGAACGAAUUCAAAAUAAACGAUGGUUUAAACAGUAUUGUGCACAUAAAGAAGAAUUUAAUCAGCGAUUGGGCAAAGAAACAGAAAACUGGUUAUUUCAUGGCUGUAGUGAUCAAGCAGCAAUAAACAUUCAACAAGAAAACUUUUCUCGUAAUCAUGCAGGAAUUCACGGCACAGUAUUGGUAAGAAUAAAUAGCACUUACGUUUUUUUGUAAGAAAAUUCUGUGUUGUGAUCGUAGGGUGUUGGUUGCUACUUCGCAAGAAACGCUUUAUACAGUCAUAAAUAUGCGAUUGCUGAUCAAAAUGGACAUCGCCGAAUGUUUUUAUGUAAGUAUAAUAUUUGUUUUCGAAGAG